GGAUCUGAAGUCACUGAAAAAGUACAUAUACCAAACAAGAGAGGCCAAGUUUGAGCCAUUCACAAUUAUAAAUCAGAUCGAUCCCGACCAUUUUUUUGUACUUAUCACUUCUCUAUAAAAUAUUUCGUUAAAAAUGAAAAUAUAUUUCAUAAUUUUCUUUGUGGGAAUUAGUUCCUGUGCAAACAUUGAUCCCAAAGUGUCACCAUCCUUGAGCGCAUCGUUAUCACUGACUGACGCUACUAUACGAAGAUGGGACCUUGUAGUAGAAAUGGAGGGAGGCACAACUUCCGUACUAAAAAAUUACAACUCAAUGUCAACCUUGACGGGUACAUCCCGUGAGGAAAAAGCUGGCCUUUUAGCACGAGCUCUUCUGUCGCAUAGCACGCUUUCUCAGAAGGCCGUUAUUUCUGGAUUGUCCGAAAUCAGUGCGACUAGAAAGGGCGGCUUCAGUUAUUCAAGCAGUUGGAUCUCAAACGUGGUAUUUAUUCAAGUAGAUGAAUCACCGGACAAUGUAAUGCUCGUUUCAGACUUGAUCUCUCGCCUGGUUCAAAUUCCUGGCGUGGCUUUGGUAAGGGAGCAAGUAGUAGCAAAACUUGGACCAGUUGUGGCGACAGUGUCAGACGGCCAGACAUUAGCGCGGGGAUGGAAUAUCAACAAGGUUGGGGCUCCUCACUUUUGGGAGACUAAUAAAACGACAGGGGCUGGAAUUAUAGUGGGGCAUAUAGAUUCGGGGGUUCUAAGUACUCAUGAAACGCUUCGAGCCAAUUGGAUUGGUGAGCAGGGAGGGUGGUUAGAUGCCCAUUUCGGUCAAUCAAUUCCGUACGAUUCUUCCAGCUCGAGUCAUGGAACUCAUUCACUGGCGUCAGCGGUAGGAAGUAAUGGCGUCGGAAUUGCACCAGGCGCCAAGUGGACAAGUUGUUUAGGAUGUUACAGAGACGAAUGUAGCGAAGAAGACCUCGACAACUGUGGACAGUUUAUGCUGUGUCCUCUUGGGUCGCCACAAUUCAGGAAUUGUACUGGAAUUCCAAACAUUGUGACCAACAGUUGGGGAUCUUCCCGAGGCGGUCAGACAUUUUACGACGCGGUAAUUUCAUCUUGGCUAGCUGUCGGUAUAGUCCCAGUUUUCGCUGCAGGCAAUUCGGGUCCACAAUGUGAGACGUUAGGUUCACCCGGAGAUAACCCAUCAGUCAUCAGUGUGGGAGCGACAUCACAAAGUGACGGACUUGCCGAAUUUAGUAGUGUUGGUCCCAGUGUGAACCGCAUCCUCAAACCAGACAUUGUUGCACCAGGAGUGCGAAUUAGGUCAGCCAAUGCUAAUUCCGAUACCAGCUAUGCAGAACUCAGCGGAACGAGUAUGGCGACCCCCCAGAUUGCUGGAGCCCUCGCCCUCUAUCUCUCUGCCAACCCUUCCCUUACAUAUGGUCAAAUUAAGGCCAUUCUAACUGAAAGUGCAGAACGCCAAGGACUUUCUCCAGUAAGUGGUGUGCCAAAUUGUGGUGGGCUAAACGGCACGACUUGGCCAAACCACAAAUUUGGCUUCGGCAGACUUAGACUUGGACCACAAAUCAUUGAAGAAAAUCAUGGAGCUGGGAGUAGGUUUGAAAUUAGUUUCAUAUCCAUUGUACUAAUUGUAGUUUCUAAUAUUUUGUAAUCAAUGGUUGUACACAUAGUUUGAUAUUCUCAAAUUUUGAUUGAAAUGAAAUAAAAUUCAUUUGGUUUAUUUCGAAAGCAA